AUGCACCAGCAAGAACACCGAGCAGCGGAAAAUAUCCAUGAACGUAGUCCAGAGACAGGAACCAAUACGGAUGCUUUGCGGAUUCCACGCUUAUUGCCUAGCCGUGCAGUGUUUGCGCCUGAACGAGCGGCCAAUUGUUUGCUAGGACUGCUAGCAAGUCACGCGGAUAAGCAGAUACCACUACUUGAUCAGAGAGAGCUCAUGCGACGACGUCAGCAAAUGACGGGCCAUCCCUUUCCUGUUAUGUCGUUUGAAGCCGCCGCUAAUAUACUACACCCGUCAACGCUACAACGAAGGGAAGAACGUCAAGAGGAAGAGCCUCGGCUUGUUAUUAAUAGCAGCAACAGUGGAUACAUAGAAGACAAGAAGAUACCGCUGGCAUCGCCUCUCGUGGCAUUCCUCAGACGACCAAACAAAUGUGGUUCGCCUCAACUGCCGGACAAUAUGAUGUCGCCUCGCUCAGUAUGGGAAGAGAGUCCUUUGAAUGAACGACUGGACCCUACGGCGAGCCCACGACAUACCGUCACAUCCACUAGUCGGUUUGUACAGACACCACCUGCCACGUCCUCGUGGCGUAUACACAACUUUCUCUCACCAGACCCGACGGUGAUACUUCAGUCACAUAGCUCUCACAAGAGUUGCACACCUCGUCGUCCUUGUUCACCCCAAGAGCAAACAAGCGUUACAGCAAAUGUUUCGAAACGUCCCCGUCUUGCUCGCCGCGUCUCGUCACAAUGGCGCCAAGAGCUAUUUCCGCAGGAUCGCGCCCAAACACGCGAGCGAAUUUUGCGCAGUCUGCACAGCCACUGCCAAGGUGACUAUGAGAAGCUCGUGCUGAUGAUUUCUUCAAUGGAGGAGGAGCUUUUGCAUAUAAAGACGACGUCGAGCGAUUUCUAUAUACAGCAAGCUUUUGAACUAAGCGACCUCAUUGAGCACGCUACCCUUGAGCGGUAA